AUGAUAAGCGCCUAUAGAUUUAAUUACGAACAUUUGCCAAAAGAGGUGAAGCUAAAUACUUUUGAUGCCGAGAGAGGCCUAAUUUAUAAUGAGAUCAUUCGCUUGUUAAAGGAUUUUGAAAUGAGUUCUUCAAAGCAUUGGUUUCCGAUUAUGAAUUUACUUUAAAGGUUCAAAUAAAUCUAUUCCUUUUUAAACGAAGAAAGACAGGAGCUCGCAGAGUUGAUUCUUUCGAAGUUGGGAGGAUUGAAAUCAUCUGUAGGACUUCAGAAUGGAUUUAGCCUUGUUUGCACCAUUAUUUAAAAUAAGCAAAAAUACUUGAGUUUAAAAGUUGAUUGGAGAUAUUGGCAUUAAUAUUUACAGGAUAAGUUUAUGACAAACAAAGAUAAGACAAUCACAAGUUAAACAUUCAGUACUCAAUUAUUUAUGCAAUUUUGCUAAUUCCUUAAAACAGUGAAAUAUUACUUUGAUGCUGAUGUUGUUUAAUUUGCAUUCUUAAAAUUUCGUGAAUAUCUAGGGUACUAGGACAAGCAAGUAGCCUGGGCUUACUUGAUGUUGUUUGUCCCUUUUAGAACUGAUAUUCCCUAAGAUGCCUAUAAAGAUUUGAUCAAAUAUUUGAUGGAUCCAUUAUUAAUUUUUGGAGAAAAAGACAAUUGUAGAUUAAAAUUUAUAUUGAAUUAUCUAAGAGUCUACCCUUAAUAAAUGAAUCUGAUGCCGUAAAUGAUGAGAUUUUUUCAUGGUUAUUGGCGUAAUGAUUUGGGUUAAGAUGAUAAAAAUGAAAAAUUGGUUACCAUGUUAUUACCAGAUGACACUUUGGGAGUACCAAGUUUAUUCAAAAUAAUGCCAUAGUUAUUAGUUGAAUUGAUUGGAAAUUCUAAAAGAGAAGGAUAUAAAGAAUACAUGUUAAAUAUGAAAAGAUUAUUUUCUUUGGUAGAUUCUAUUACUUCAGUAUAUUCUUAAUAAACAAUGGAUGAUUAAAUAUUUAAAUUAUUGAAAUUAAUGGUCGGCAAUUUCAUUUAAAAAUAUAGGAGAGAUUAAUUAUUACUAAGAAUUUAUGAGAUGUAAUAAAAUAAAAACUACGAUGAGAAUGUUUCUGAAUCCUUGAUGUAAGAAUUGAUUGAUCAAUUCAACGAUGUGCAUAUUCAAGACUUUAUUGAAAGUGAUAAAUAUAUACUUGAAUUGUUAUUGAUUAAUCCAGAUCAAGGAUACUCAAGUUUUCAGAUAAAUUAUCCUAAUAAAAGAAAUUCAACUAAAAUCCAUGCUACCAAAAUCAAUAUUGAUAAGUUACUACCAUUUUUAUUGGAUGAACAAGCCAAAUAAGAUUUUAUAGAAAUUGUUAUGGAUGUAUUAGACAAGGUCAUUUAUAUGGAGGAUCAAGGAUAUUCAACUGCGAAAACUGUGUUAUAUUUAUCAUGUUUUGAACCAAAAUUAAUUGAUUUCUUUCUCAAUAAAAUGAAAGAAGCUAUCAAUGAUGUAACAGCUCUCUAAUUCAUCACAAUUAAGAGUAUACUCAUAUUUAUGGCUAUUCCAAUUUUAUAAGGAAAAUGUCCUUUUUCCAUUCAUCAUCUAUAGGAAUUCAUGGAUUUGACAUACAAAUUGUUUGAAGUCUAAGGAGUCAGCGAAAAUAUAGAUUCGUUAGAAUUUUACUGUAAGAUAUUUAUGAAUGUUCCCAUCUAUACUCCAGAGGAAUAUAUGGAAUUAUAUGGGGAACACAAUGAACUGUGUCGAUAUUUAAGUGAAUUCGUCUCAGAAGUAUUCAAUUUAGUUAUUAAAAACUUCAACUUGAUUAAGUACAAGGAUGUCGAUUAUGGUUUUGUAUUGCCAAAUCUCAUUAAUAUCUUCUGGCCAUACGUAGCAAAUUCAUCAUAAAGGAUGUUGGACAGUAUUGUUGAUAGAUUAAAAGAACAUCUAGAAAAUCUAGAAAUGCAAGAUCUGAGUGCGAUGGGAGAUUUGAUAGAUUGCAUACUUUAUAGGGAUUCCUCAUUGUUGGAAUAUAUCAUUGAUAUUUGCAUGGAAAAGUUACUCAAAUAGAGAUAAUCUCCUCCUAAAAAACAUUACCUGAGUUUUAUUGUGUAAUUAUCAAAGUAUUCAGAUUAUAUACAACAAUUUGAACCUACUUCAGGUAACAAAUAAUCAAAACUCUUAUGGUUGACACUUCUCGAGAAAUCACUUACUUAUGCUGGUAAAGCUACUUAAAAGCAUGAUAUGAAGAUACAAGCAAUUGUGAUUAAUUACUUAAUGGAUGAAGAAGAUGAGGUCUUUACAAAAGUUAGUGAUAUAAUACAUUCAGUUAUAAUAACAAAUCAAAUCAUUAAAACCAAUAAUUUAUCAUGGUAAAAUCAAAGAUCUCAAUUUUUUAAAAAAGAUUUUGAUUAAAAAACCCUUUAUUAACCUUAAGAUCUUGAAGUUGAAUGGAUUUUACCCACUCGAUAGGAUUGGGAAUACAUAUUUGAUUGGAACAGGAUGUUUAUGUUUGGAGUAAUUGAAGAAUUUGAAAGGACCUAUAUGAAGGAAUAUGAGUAUUAUGAAAUGCCAAGAGACUUCCCGAAACUUAUUGACCUAAUGAUUUUCAGGAACCCUCCCAUGGAUCCAAAUCUUAAGCAAAUUUGUUAUCGUGUGUGGUUCCUUGUUUUCGGGUGUUUUACUGGGUCAUCUCUAUUCACACCAUUUUAACCAUAAGACCUCAUAUAAGGCAGCAAAGGGCAUUUAAAAUUGGAAAAGAUAUAAUAGGAUUAUUUAAAGAGAGUAUGUCCACCCGAAUACUGGGACUUAAGACAGAGACUGGGUACAUUUGCAAUUAAUUCCAUUUGUUAUGCUAUAAACAAUGGAGUUGCCCAUGAUAAAGACAUUAAUGACCUUUUGGUUACAAUAGCAUCAGAAUGCAUCAGUUCAUAAACUUUGAAUUAAGAAUUGCAAUUAGGCAGAGAGUUUAUGGAAGGAUGUAGAUAAUUGAUGUAAGCUUCUUAAUGUAAACUAUAUUUUGAAAGUCGAAUUCAGUGUGUGAUUGAUAUCAACACAUAUCUCUAUCAAAGACAUGUUUUCAUGCUACAUUUACAAGGUAUUCCAAUUGAAUACAAUCAUAUCUACAAUUACAUAAUUGUUCUUUAUUUGUUAGGUCAUUCAGAAUUUAGCAGUCCAUAAUAUUUGUUGCCUUAUUCCGAACGAGCUACUUACACUUUAACUACUGGAGUUAGAAAUAACUUCUUCGAGUACUUGCUGGGGAUCUUAGACUACAACAAUAAAGACAGCAGAUUAAGUAAAAUCAACUAGUUAAGUGAAAGGAGUAAGGAAUACAAAUAGUUAAUUGACUUGUUGCAAGGCUUUAAUUCAGCAGUCUAACAUAUUUCUUCAGAUAUCGAAAUGAGUAUGUCGAUUCAAAAACAAUUGAACUAAUUUAUUAGUGUAAUGGAAUAUGUUGAUAAUCAAAAAUGCAAAUAUUUAAUUAUGGAAUCAUGUGUUCAUCAUCUGGCCAUUCAAUAUGAUGAAAGCACAGUUGUUAUAUCUAAUGAUUAUAAUGAUAGAUUGGAAAUGAUCAAUAAUAGCAUCAGAGCUUUGCAAAGUCAGUAUUUCUGGAAAUGCAAGAUCAUUCAUAGUUUAUCCCUAUUGAAUAACAUAAACAUAAUUAGAUACGUCCCUGAAAAUUGUAUUAAUGCUUAUCGGGAUUUAUGCAUCAAUGACCACGUCACCUUGAAUUAAUUGGGAAGAGCAGGAUUAUUCUACUUUCUUAGAUUGGCCAAAUAAAUGAUCUAUAAAAAACAAUAGGUCAGUAGUUAAUAAUAUGAGCAACAUCUCCCUUUUAAUAAAUUCAUCCAAUAUAGAUAUUUAACAUAGGAAUAAUUGUCAAUUAUAGAAAAAUCCUACUAAUCUAUUUUGGAAUUGGAUGACAUUCUCAAAGCACAAUAACCAAUUUACAGAUCUAAAAUGCAUGAGAAAUAUAUGUUUACAAAAAAUGAUCUCACUAAAGUAACCAUCAUUAAUGACAAUAUCACUCCUUUCAUAAAAGACUUAAGAUAGCUCUUUACUGAUAAAAAAUAUAUGCGAGAGUUUAUGGAAAAGAUAUUGAUAGACAAGGAUGUAGCUCCAACAUCAGAAUUUGAUAUAACAGAUGCUCCAUCAUAGGAAGUGUAAUUUAUGUCAGCACAAGGAAUAACACGAUAUGUCUAAAUCUUUUUCACAUAUAUUUAUGGAAAGAAUAGGAAUAGACAAUCUCCAUUUUCUGCAACCUAAUCCUUCUUCAUGUCAGAUUUCUAUUUUAGAUUAUUUAAGAAAAUGUUUUAAGUCUGUGGCAUAGCUGCAUUUUAUUCAACCAAGGAAGUCAUUGAUGAAUACAUCGAAUAGUUUGAUUAGAGAGAAAAACAACGAUUAGUAAGUUGCUACCUAACAGCCCUUCAUAGAUCAUUAUUAAAUGUUGGUUCCUACAUUUAGGAUUCAUUUAUUAGAAUCCUUCCUAACAUCACCUAAGAAAUAUUCUAUGAUUACCAUUUGGCAUUCUUCUACAUGUGCAGAGACUAAGAUUGGCAAUGGAUUUCUCCAGUUUAUUUGUAGAUGUUGCAAUGUUGUUAGAAUCUCAUUCCUCAAGGAGGAUUCAAGGGUUUAAGAUACAUAUAACUACUGAAAAUUCUCAUUCAAUCAUAAGGUCCAAGAGUGAUAUAAUUGUAAGAACAAAUUCUUUAGUAAUUCAAUUCUAUUAUUUUCACAUACCCAUCUAGUGUUUAUGUUGAAGAAUACACUUGCACUCUUGCAACUACAUUGUUGUAAACCAUUUUAAUACCUAUUCCAAUCGAUGCUCCUUAUUAGGAUGAACAUCUAAUUGCAACUACUGCAAACUUCUAAAUUUGGUACAAUAGUAUUCUUUAGAUGUUUUUCAAAACCUUUAAUGAGUUUCUUUCUAAUAAUUCAUAGAGAGAUAAAGUCAAGUUUCAUCAGGAAUUAUCAGCUAGAAUUUUAGAAUUCAUUGCUAUUAGUAAAUUUGAUAAUUAUUCUUGGAAAUUCAUUGUUGAAGCCAUGAAAAUCAUUUUCCAAAACAAUCAAACAGAUAUUGAUGCUUAGGAGAUUCUAAGAAAAUACAUCGAAUGCGAUUAUGAUGAAAUCACAGAACUACUUGAUAUUGCAGAAUAAAUGACCAAAAAUGAUACCUGGAACAUUAGAAAACGUGCCAACUUCUUCUUGAGGGAUUGGUAUUUCAAAGCCAAAUUAGAAGGAAGCCUAUUAAAUGAUAUACCAAAAUAAUUACUCAAUAUGUUCCAAGACAGCAAUCUGUAAUUGUAAUUCCAGGCUGUAUCCUCACUUGCUGAUUACCUGAAAUUGUACACCAAAUAGGAAUUAGAGGAUUUGUUCAGAUCGGCAUAAGAAAAUAGAGUCUAUAUAUUAAUGAGCAUGUUACUUUCAAGACAAGAUAGAAACUUCAAUUGGACAGACCAGGCAUUAUCUGAGAUAUUUUAAGAAUUGAAAAACAAAAGAAUUUUGUAAGAGUUUGUAUCUGAAUAUUGGAAGAGUAGACAAGACUGGUAGAGAGUAUUCAAAGAUGAAAUCAGUGAAGAAAAUGUUAGAAAAUUGUAGGAAAUUGUAAAUCCACAUCCCUAUUAUGCAUGAUUGUUUAUUAAUAUAAAAGAUGUAAUUAAUGGUAAUAUU